UCCCCCUUUCGAGAACCAGAGCUCUUCGAUUCCUCUUCAAUUCAGGUAAUUUUUCUUAAGUUCUCUUCAAUUUCAAUUCACAAACCCUAAUAAUGGAACCCCAAAUCCGCAAUUUCCCGGUUUUCAUACAAUCACCAGAGCUUCAGAUCCCCACCCAUGUCCUAAAUCUUGAAACCCCUAAUCCUAAUUUCACUUUGCAAGACCUCAAAUCAUGUUUUUUUGAUAAAACCCAGAAAUCAUUAGCUGCAAUUAAGGAUUCUGUCUAUUUUACCUUUGAUGGUCGACCCAUUAAGGAUUCAACUCUAUUGUGUGGUUCUGGGAUUAGCCCGUUUUCCACUUUGGUCCUACGUUUUCGCCUUCGUGGUGGAGGUGGUGAUGGAGGUGCCACGGGUGCGGAGUCGCGAGACUGUUAUCUUAAGAUGUAUGCUGUUAAGAAACCGGAUAAAAUUGACCCAAAUGAGAUUAGGUUGUCUAGAUGGUUGAAUUGUGCUUUGUCGAAUGAGUCGUUAAAGCAUCCGGUUGUCAUUGAUAAACUUGGGAAUUUGUUCAAUAAGGAGGCUUUAGUUGAGGCUUUAUUGAAGAAAAGGGUGCCUAAGCAGUUUGGGUAUAUAAAGGGAUUGAAAGAUAUGAUUCUGGUUGAGCUGUCGGUGAUUCCGGGGAAAGAGGAUAGAGGGCUUGGUGAUGGUGAAGGGACUGGAUUUCAGUGUCCGGUAACGGGGUUGGAGUUCAAUGGGAAGUACAAGUUCUUUGCUUUGAGGGGUUGUGGACAUGUUUUGAGUGCAAAAGCGUUGAAGGAAGUGAAAUCCUCAGCUUGUUUGGUUUGCCACAAGGAGAUUGUGGAGAGUGACAAAAUUGUGAUCAACGGGAGUGAAGAAGAGGUUGCGGCUUUGAGGGAGAGAAUGGAGGAAGAAAGGGUGAAAUUGAAGGAUAGUAAGAAGGUGAAGAAGGGGAGGAAUGAGGAUGUAGCUGUGAAUGGUGAAGAGGUCAUUGGGGCACCACGCUUGAGCGGGAUGAAACAUGGGAUUGAGGAUAAGCUAGUAGGCAAGGAUGCGAGGAAAGUGGAAGGGAAUGGUAAAAUUGGCAUUAAAAGUAAGAUUGAAGUUAAGGAUGUGAAGAAUAGUGCGAGCAACGGGUCAGGGAAGAGGUUUAAGGCUGUUGAUGUAGCUCCAGCUCAUGCUACAAAGGAAGUCUAUGCCUCCAUUUUCACUUCAUCAAGAAAGUCCGACUUCAAGGAGACUUACUCUUGCAGAUCUUUGCCCCUUGGAAGAAACUGAUAGCUGUUUUUGUCGAGGUGAUCUGCUAGUGUCUUGGACUGGUAUUAUUGUCUUAAAAAUGUUGUUUCACGAAAGAUAGUUACAUGCUAGACCACUGAGUCGUAGAUGUUGCCUCUUGCCAUAUGAUUCAGUCGGUACUUUAUAUGUAUAACAUACAUUGUUAUUGUACAUUUGAUAUUGCUUUCCAGAGUCUGCUUGAAACACUAUAGCAGCUUUUGUUCA